UUUUUUUUCCUUUAGUGACCCUUUAAGAUGUUUUCAACAAGAAUUCUUUGAACCUCCUGGAUGAAUGUUCAAUGAGAUUUAUAACGCUCAAGUCUGCGCUUCUAGUAGCCUUGGUUUCAGCUCGCAGAGACAAAACUAUUCUCGCAUUAGACACAGCAUUUGAAGAAAUUAUCCCUUCCAUUUGUGAAAAACUAGCAACAAGGAAAAAGAUUAUAACAUUAAUUCUCCGGAAUAACCUGUACAGCCCCUGGGAUGACGUCGGCCGUGGAGCGCACGGAUGACCUGGUGAGAGAGUACCUCACUUUCCGAGGGUUUACCAGCACCUUGAAACACUUGGAAGCAGAUAUUAAAGCGGACAAGGAGAAAGGUUUCCGGGUGGACAGGAUUGUGGAGCAGCUGCUGCAGUUUAUCCAGAGUUAUGACCUUAAUGGGCUUCUGGAAUACUGGGGAUAUCUGGAGCGACGCCUUUUCAGCCGAUUGGAGGAUGUGUAUCGGCCAACUGUCAACAAGCUGAAGACUAGCCUAUUCCGCUAUUACCUUGUCUGCACAGUACAGAGCAGUCGGAUAGACAAGGCACAAGACUUCUUCCAAAAACAAGCGCCGGAGCUGCAAAACCAGGCUGAGUGGAAAGAAUGGUUCGCGCUCCCUUUCCUUCCAGCACCGGAUGCCAAUCCGACCUUCUCCACAUACUUUUCCCGGCAGUGGGCGGACACCUUCACUGUAUCGCUGCACAAUUUUCUGAGCGUUCUCUUCCAGUGCAUGCCUGUCCCAACUAUUCUAAACUUUGACAUGGAAUGCCAGAGAAUUCUACACAUCCAGGAAGAGAAUGAAGCACUGAGACAGAAGGUCUUUGCUCUUCAGGCAGAGGCUCACAGACUGAGAAAAGAUGAAGAUGGCCCCAUAGUGCAUCACAAGCUGCCUCAUUAUGUCUCCAACAUGGAUCGGCUGGGGGACUCUGAGCUUAACAUGGUUUCAAGUCAAAGGCAUGCUGGAUCAACGGUCCAGUCGCAAAAGUCCUCUGGAUUCCUCUCCUCCUUGCUCCCGCAGAGUAAAAAGGCUGUCCCUUCCAGGCCUCCGCCAGCUACCAUAUCCUCACCAACGCAGAGUUCCACUACUCUGCCACUCAAGAAGGAGCCAGCAAACAAUCAGGCCCAGAAAACUAAAGAGGUGCUCAUCCUACCCAAGGAGGUGAAGAGUGUGCAGAGUGCUCUUAGUGUACCCAGUGCUAGCGAUCCGACCUUAUUGCAACAGAGACAGAGACGGCUGCAGGAGAGGAAAGAGCUCCUCUCUAAGACACAGUCUCAGCAAAGCACAGAGAAGAAGCCUGAAAUUUCAGAGCCAGAACCUGAGCUUCGCCCUGAGAUCCAGCAAGACCCAGUAGAGGCAUUGAUGAGGGGUGUCGGGGGAAACGGUUCAAGAGAAGAGAAACCUGAGCAACCCUUCAUAGUGCUGAGCCAGGACGAAUAUGGAGAGCACCACUCGUCCAUCAUGCAUUGCAGGGUGGAUUGCUCGGGAAGGAGAGUGGCCAGUUUGGAUGUUGAUGGCGUGAUUAAAGUGUGGUCCAUUGAUGGCAUCAUGCAGACCAAGGCAUCUGCCAUCUCCAAGUCUGCUUUGCUGUCUCUGGAGUGGGCAACAAAGAGGGACAGACUGCUCUUACUGGGCAGUGAGGUUGGUACUGUCCGCCUGUAUGACACAGAAGCAAAGAAAAACUUGUGUGAGAUUAAUAUUAUUGAUGAUAUGCCAAGGAUCCUAUCUCUGGCGUGCAACCCCAGCGGGACUUCCUUUGUAUGUUCUGCAGCAGCACCAUGCUCACCCACUCAAAUAGAACCAUCAGUUCCUGGUUUAGGGGAGAAUGGGACCAACCAAGUGCCAGGGAGAUUGCUACUGUGGGACACAAAAACCAUGAAACAACAACUUCAGUUCUCCCUGGAACCUUCACCUAUCGCUGUGAACUGCACAUCAUUUAAUCACAAUGGCAACUUACUUGUGACCGGGGCUGCAGAUGGCGUUAUCAGAUUGUUUGACAUGCAGCAGCAUCAGUGCGCCAUGAGCUGGAAGGCGCAUAAGGGGGAAGUUUAUUCCGUUGACUUCAGCUAUGAUGAGAAUGCUGUGUACAGCAUUGGAGAAGACGGGAAGUUCAUCCAGUGGAAUAUUCACAAGAGUGGUCAGAAAGUUUCAGAAUAUUCACUGCCAUCUGAUGCCACCGGACCCUUUAUGCUCUCCGGUUACAGCGGCUACAAGCAAGUCCAGUUCCCCAGGGGCAGGCUCUUUGCCUUUGACUCAGAAGGAAAUUAUAUGCUCACCUGCUCGAGCAAUGGAGGAGUUAUCUAUAAGCUUAACAGUGAUGGUAGUACAUUAGAGAAUUGCCUGUCUCUGGGUGGACACAGGGCCCCGGUCGUCACGGUGGACUGGAGUACGGCGGUGGAAUGCGGCACUUGCCUAACAGCCUCAAUGGAUGGGAAAAUCAGACUGACCACUUUACUGGCCCAAAAAUCCUAACUGCGUCUCAGGCCACUUUUGUAUUUUAUAACCGAGGAAAAUUGUUGAAUCUUUUCCGCCAUCCUAGCUUAGGGAGCAGGAAGUUCAGACUUGUGGAAAUCUCUCGACACCGUAAAUGUAGCAGCACAGAUCUGGCCAUUGUACAUUCCAGCAUGGGUAGAAAUUCAACAGUAUUAUUGGACUUUGUGAUUCAAAGCUUCUGAAAGAAGAACUGUACUUGUUCCCUGUAGCAACCAAUCGCCUUUUAAUUCCACCCCUUUGCAAUAGUAAUAUGGAAGGAACAAUAUGGUGGGUGCAAAGAACAUGUGUGGUGUUUUUUUUUUUUUCAGGUCGCAUCAUUUAGGUAACCUUAGCAGGUUUCAGGCUACCAGUUCACACAGUGUCUUAUUUAUGAACAAAGGCUCCCCAAAUCGGUGGCUCGUUGAUUAGUGGAUAGUUUCUAGGACCAAUUAUGGAUAUAGUAUUUUAGCCUUGGGAGAAGGCUGAACUAGUUUAGCUCAGCAGUGGGUUUUCUCCUCCACCACCUCUGCAGCAUUAUGAAGAGUGGUCCUCUUUUACCCCGGCUUUGCUGAAUUUAUUUCCACUGUGGGAGGCGUGUGUAUUCUGCUGCAGAGGCAGGAAUCUUUCUGUAAAUGCUCUGUAAGACAGCGUGUUGAUUAUUCAGGUCAGAACAGUUUGCCUAGUACUGAAAUUA